ACUGUGUCACGUAAACUCAUUCACAGAGGGGAUACUGCAGCUUAACGACUAACUGCUAUGGAUGACACACAUGUAACAGAACUUGAAUGGCCCAGUUAUGGAGAAAUGUACCUGCCCAAGCUUGUGUCAUUCUUAAAAGACGCGGAACAUGCACUGAAAUACAUCAGGGACAUGAAACUAGGAGAAGAUGCAAUUAUUCUGGCAACCUUUCCAAGAUCAGGAACUCACUGGGUAUGGGAGAUAAUGGGCAUGCUUCUGAGGGGAAAAGCCGAGUAUUCUACGGUGACUAGGGAACAGGUUUUCGUAGAGGGGUUAUCAGACAUGAGUCAGAUGCAGGGUUAUAAUGGUGUCAUGAGCACCCAUGUUCCUUUUCAAUGGCUCCCAAAACAACAUGUGGAUAAAGGCGGGAAAAUAGUAUACGUUGUACGUAACUCGAAAGAUGUUGCUGUGUCUUUGUUUAAAUUUCUUUCUUCUUGUGGAUUUUUACCUGGGAUGAGUUUUGAGAAUUUUUUGGACGAACUUUAUAUUGGACGAAAGGCGAUGUACGGGGGAUGGUUUGAGUAUAAUAAAAAGUUUAUCGAAGAAGCGACUGUUCGAAAAGAUCAAAUAUUGAUGAUACAAUACGAGAAACUACAAAGAAACACAGAAGCAGAGAUUCGGAGAUUGGCUGACUUUUUGGGAGUUAAAGAUGAAAACGGACUAGUCAAAGAGAUAACAGAGAAGUGCACCUUUCAAAAUCUUCAGCAAGCGGACAAAAGUGUCAGGGAGGAUCAAAAGAUGGCGGAAUUAAUGAAUGAACUCCAGGUGAAAGAAACUCCUACAGUCUACAGAAAAGGAAAGAUAGGAGACUGGAAGAAUCACUUCACUGUAGCAAUGAAUGAAACAUUGGACAAAGUAUAUGCAGAGAAAAUGAAUGGAGUCGUUUAUCAAGUAGAAUUUGAAUAG